UCCUUCUCUGUAUCGCACUUUUCCCUCUCUCUGAUCCAAUUCAUUCUCUUUCUCUCGCUCUCAAUUGAUCAUCAAUGGCGAUUUCACUCCAAAGCUUCUUCCAAGAACGAAGAACACCUUUCCUCUUCACUCUCUCACUCCUCCUCAUUUGCUUUCUGAUUCUCUUCUUCACCGAUUCCCUUUCCCUCAACCCUCUCGUUCGAAAGUACUCCUCUCUUCGAUCCCAUUUUGGAACACCCUCUUCUUAUUCUUCUUCUCCUUCUCCUUCUUCUUCUUCUUCUUCUUCUUUUCGGCCUUCUUCUCGGCUUGAUUUGAAACCAUCUUCUGCAGAUUCUGUUCUUUCUCACGAUCUUGAUUUUUCUAAUUCUUCGGCGGCGAAUUUCAGCUGGGAGCUCUGUGGUGGGUCUGUGGCCUUCGAUUUCAUUCCCUGCUUGGAUAACUUCAAGGCGAUUAAGGCUUUGAAGUCGAGGAGGCACAUGGAGCACCGUGAACGCCAUUGCCCUAGUCCCAGUCCGCGCUGUUUGAUUCCGCUUCCCAUUGGUUAUAAGGUCCCGGUUCCCUGGCCCAAGAGUAGGGACAUGAUUUGGUACGAUAAUGUUCCUCAUCCGAAGCUUGUUCAAUACAAGAAAGACCAACAUUGGGUUGUUAAGUUGGACGAGUAUCUUAACUUUCCUGGAGGUGGUACACAGUUCAAGGAUGGAGUUGAUCACUAUAUUUACUUCAUUCAGAAGGCUUUACCGGAUAUCAAAUGGGGGGAAAACAUCAGAGUUAUUCUAGAUGUUGGUUGUGGUGUUGCCAGCUUUGGUGGGUAUUUACUGCAGAAAAAUGUUCUUACCAUGUCAUUUGCCCCGAAGGAUGAACAUGAAGCACAGAUACAAUUUGCUUUAGAACGAGGAAUUCCCGCAACUCUCUCAGUCAUUGGAACUCAGAGGCUAACAUUUCCUGACAAUGCGUAUGAUUUGAUACAUUGUGCUCGUUGCAGGGUCCAUUGGGAUGCAGAUGGUGGAAAACCAUUAUUGGAGCUCAACAGGAUUCUCAGACCUGGAGGAUAUUUCAUAUGGUCUGCUACACCAGUUUAUCGUGACAACGAAAGAGACAAGAAUGUCUGGAAAGAAAUGGUAUUGCUAACGAAGUCAAUGUGCUGGAAGGUAGUGCAAAAGACUAUGGAUUCAUCUGGGGUUGGCCUUGUAAUAUAUCAGAAGCCCACCUUGACAUCUUGCUAUGAAGAACGUAGCAAAAAUGACCCUCCUAUAUGCCAUGAAAAGAACAAGAGAAAUAGUUCUUGGUAUGUGCCCCUGACUAAAUGUAUUUCCCAGCUUCCAGUUGAUAGCAAAGGCAACUAUUAUAAUUGGCCUUCGCCAUGGCCGGAGAGACUAACUAGCAGGCCUCCUAGCUUGUCGGUUGAACCAAAUUCUGAGGAGAAGUUCUUGGAGGAUACCAAACAUUGGUCUACUGUUGUGUCAGAUGUUUAUCGAGAUAACAUCGGCCUAAACUGGUCGAGCAUCCGAAAUGUGCUGGAUAUGAAUGCUGGCUAUGGAGGGUUUGCAGCUGCAUUGAUUGAUCUACCACUUUGGGUAAUGAAUGUUGUCCCCAUAGACGUACCAGAUACUUUGUCCAUUGUUUUUGACCGAGGAUUGAUCGGUCUCUACCACGACUGGUGCGAGUCCUUCAACACCUACCCUCGAACCUACGAUCUGCUACAUUCCAGCUUUCUCUUCACAUCUCUUAAGAGAAGAUGCGACGUGGUAGCUAUGGUCGUGGAGAUGGAUAGAAUAUUGAGGCCAGGCGGAUAUGUUUUGAUUCAGGACAGCAUGGAGGUAAUAAAGGAGCUUGGUCCUAUCUUUCAUUCACUUCACUUGUCCGUUUCUGUUUAUCAAGAUCAGUUUCUUGUUGGAAAGAAGGGAUUUUGGCGGCCAACAGCCCCUCAUACCAAGUGAGAAACAGUUGGUUUGAUAAAUUUAAUUCUUUGGCAUAGUUUUGUUUUGUCUUUGUUUACAUACUUCACUCCUUUUCAAUUGUAAAAGAAAAUACAUAGAACAAACAUGAGAGAUAUAUAAUUGUAUCUGAGGUUCAUCUCUUGGAGUUGGAGUAUGUAACAACGUAGCGGGGCGUUGGUUGGAAUGAUGAACCUAUCACUCAAAAAGGUAUCUCUAUUUUU